AUGGCUCACCUGCCCAUGAAGCUCCUGCGCAGGAAGAUCGAGAAGCGGAACCUCAAGCUGCGGCAGAGGAACCUCAAGCUGCAGGGGACCUGGGACGUGAACCUAUCAGAAACUCAAGAUGAAGAUGUUUCUCAAGAAACAGUAGCAAGUGGAAAAAUUAAAAAGUCCCUAAAACAGUCUAUGAAUGUAGGCUUGUCAGAAGCCCCAAAUGGAGAUGCAUGUAAAGACACAGUGGGAGGUGGAAACGUUAAAAAGUCCCUAAAGCCGUCUGUGAAGAAGGGCCUGUCAGCAGCCCAAAAUGGAGAUAUAUCUAAAGAAACAGUGAAAGAUGUAAAAGUUAAAAAAUCCCCCAAGAAAUCUACCAUGUUAACCAACGGGGAAGCAGCAGUGCAGUCUCCCAACUCAGAAUCUAAGAAGAAGAAGAAGAAAAAAAAAAGAAAAAUGGUGGAUGAUGCUGGGCCUGGUACCAAAAAAGCAAAAACAGAAGACAAAGUGGAAGCAGAGGAAAGUGCCCAGACCCCUGAAGCUACCAAGAACAGUGUGGAGGAGCCAGGCGACGGAGAGGAGGAGAGCGAGGUGCCCAGCCUGCCCCUGGGGCUGACAGGAGCUUUCGAGGACACUUCAUUUGCUUCUCUCUCUGAUCUUGUCAAUGAGAACACUCUGCGGGCAAUAAAAGAAAUGGGCUUCACAAACAUGACUGAAAUCCAGCAUAAAAGUGUCCGACCACUUCUGGAAGGCAGGGAUCUUCUGGCAGCUGCGAAAACUGGCAGUGGCAAAACCCUGGCCUUUCUCAUCCCUGCAGUUGAACUCAUUGUUAAGUUAAAGUUCAUGCCCAGGAAUGGAACAGGAGUUCUUAUUCUGUCCCCUACCAGAGAACUGGCCAUGCAGACUUUCAGUGUUCUUAAAGAGCUGAUGACACACCACGUGCACACGUACGGGUUGAUAAUGGGCGGCAGCAACAGGGCUGCUGAGGCACAGAAGCUUGCCAACGGGAUCAACAUCAUUGUGGCCACACCAGGCCGUCUCCUGGACCAUAUGCAGAAUACUCCAGGGUUUAUGUAUAAAAACCUGCAGUGUCUGGUUAUUGAUGAGGCUGAUCGUAUCUUGGAUGUUGGGUUUGAAGAGGAAUUAAAGCAAAUUAUCAAACUUCUACCAAUACGCAGACAGACCAUGCUCUUUUCUGCCACACAAACUCGGAGAGUUGAAGACCUGGCGAGGAUUUCUCUGAAAAAGGAGCCAUUGUAUGUUGGUGUCGAUGAUGAUAAAACUAACGCAACAGUGGAUGGUCUUGAGCAGGGAUAUGUUGUUUGUCCUUCCGAAAAAAGAUUCCUCCUGCUCUUCACAUUCCUCAAGAAGAACCGAAAGAAGAAACUCAUGGUCUUCUUCUCGUCUUGUAUGUCCGUGAAAUACCACUAUGAGCUGCUCAACUACAUCGAUUUGCCUGUCUUGGCCAUUCAUGGAAGGCAGAAGCAAAAUAAGCGUACAACCACAUUCUUCCAGUUCUGCAACGCGGAUACGGGGAUAUUGUUGUGCACGGAUGUGGCAGCUAGAGGGCUGGACAUUCCCGAAGUCGACUGGAUUGUUCAGUAUGACCCUCCAGACGACCCCAAGGAAUACAUUCACCGAGUGGGAAGAACUGCCAGGGGCCUGAACGGAAGGGGGCAUGCCUUGCUCAUCUUGCGUCCUGAGGAAUUGGGUUUCCUUCGUUACUUGAAGCAAUCCAAGGUUCCAUUAAGUGAAUUUGAGUUUUCCUGGUCCAAGAUUUCUGACAUUCAGUCUCAGCUUGAAAAAUUGAUUGAAAAGAACUACUUUCUGCAUAAGUCAGCCCAGGAAGCAUAUAAGUCGUACAUUCGAGCAUAUGAUUCCCAUUCUCUGAAACAAAUCUUUAAUGUAAAUAACUUGAAUUUGCCUCACGUUGCUCUGUCAUUUGGCUUCAAGGUGCCUCCUUUUGUUGAUCUGAACGUGAACAGCAACGAAGGCAAGCUGAAGAAGAGAGGAGGUGGCGGUGGAUUCGGCUACCAGAAGCCCAGGAAAGUGGAGAAGUCCAAAAUCUUCAAGCACAUUAGCAAGAAGCCUUCCGACGGCCGGCAGUUCUCCCACUGA